GACUCAGGGCCAGGCCCAGUGUCUCCGGGGCAGACAUGCUCUUGCCGCUGCUCUUCGGGGUGCUGUGGGGCGGUAAGUGGGCCGAGGGCCUGGGCCCCAAAAAGACACAGGAUCCGGAUAAAGGAUACCAGCUGACGGUGGAGAGGGCGGUGACGGUGCCUCAGGACCUGUGUGUGUGGGUGCCCUGCUCCUUCUCCUACCCUCGGGAGGGCAACACCAAGGGUGCCCCGGUUCAAGGCUACUGGUUCAGAGAUGGGACCGAUGCCCUCAAAGGUUUUCCUGUGGCCACAAAUGACCAGUCGCGGAGGGUGCAUUGGAGCACCAGGGGCCGCUUCCAGCUCCUGGGCAGCCCCCGGGAUGGCGGCUGCUCCUUGCUGCUCACGGAUGCCCGGAUAGAAGACAGAGGGAUGUAUUACUUUCGGGUCGAGGGAGGCACUGCUGUGCGAUACAGCUUUACGAACAAUAAGUUCUUGCUGGAUGUGACAGCCCGGACACAGGAGCCAGCCAUCUACGUCCCCGAGACCCUGGAGCCUGGGCGCCAGGCGACAGCCGUCUGUGCGUUUCAGUUUCACUCGGAACACUGCCCAGCCCCUACUCUCUCCUGGAGGGGGGCUGCCCUUGCCCCCCAAGAAAUCGGCGAGACAACGGCCUACGUCUCAGUUCUCACCCUCACGCCCAGAUGGCAGGACCACGACACCGACCUCACCUGUCGGGCGAGCUUCUCCAGAGAGGGCCCGAGCUUCGAACGCAGCGUCCGGCUGAAUGUGGCCUAUGCCCCCGAAACCCCGGUCAUCAGCAUUUCCUGGGACAACAGACCAGCCCUGGAGCUCCAGGGGGACAGCCCAUAUCAGGAAGUCCAGAAGGGCCAGCUCCUGAGGCUGCUCUGUGCUGCGGACAGCCGGCCCCCCGCCGCCCUGAGCUGGGCCCUGGGAGACAGAGUCCUCUCCUGGUCCCACCUCCCGGGACCCGGGGGCCUGGAGCUGGAGCUGCCCGGAGUGCAGCCGGGGGACGCGGGGCGCUACUCCUGCCGAGCGGAGAACAGGCUGGGCCUCCGGAGCCGCACCCUGAGCCUCUCUGUGCGCUAUCCCCCGGAGAACCUGACCGUGACUGUCUCCCGAGCUAAUGGGACAGUCCUGGAGACGCUGGGGAACGGCGCGUCCCUCCCGGUCCUGGAGGGCCAGAGCCUGCGCCUGCUCUGUGUCACCCACAGCAACCCCCCAGCCUCGCUGAGCUGGGCCCGCGGGCCACACACCCUGAGCCCCUCCCAGCCCUCAGACCCCGGGGUCCUGGAGCUGCCUGGGGUACGAACGGAGCACGAAGGCGAAUUCAUUUGCCAUGCUCAGAACCCGCUGGGCAAUCUCAGCGUCUCGCUGCGCCUCUCUGUGCACUACCCCCCGCAGCUGCUGGGACCCUCUGCUCCUGGGGAGGACCAGGGUCUGCUCUGCAGCUGUCCGGGCCCCUCCCUGCGCUGGCGGCUGGGGGCGGGGCUGCUGGAGGGGAACCAUGGCAACGCGUCCCACGUGGUCACCUCCAGCUCAGAGGGGCCCUGGACCAACAGCUCCCUGAGCCUCAAGGAGGGGCUCAGCCCUGACCUCAGACUCAGCUGCGAGGCCCGGAAUGUGCACGGGGCCCAGAGCGCCUCUGUCCUGCUGCUGCCAGAUCAGGAAGAGAAGGACCUCAUCGCGAAGGGCUUCUCUAAAGGAGUAGCUCUGGGCACCGGCGUCACCAUCCUCCUCGCCCUCGGCCUCUGCCUGUGCCUCAUCCUGGCCGUGAGGACAGAGGCGUGGAGGCCCCGGCUCACCCGGAGGAGCACGAUCCUGGAUUACAUCAACGUGGUCCCCAACGCCCGCGGCCGGGCUCGGAAUCCAAAGGCCAAGACCAGCAGCCCUUCCAGGGCCCCUCCUGCAGCUGCUAGCUCCCCAGGACGGAACAUGUCCCCUCCAGUGCCAGAAUCAAGGAACAGCCAACAGGAGAUCCAUUACGCUGCCCUCCGCUUCCCAGGCCUCCGGCCGCAGGAGGCCCAGCAGGACAAGGACACCAACUCGGAAUAUGCAGAAGUCAGGUUCUACUGACAGCCCCCUGGGCGGCGGGACGGGGACCAGGCUGGGGAGAAAGGCAAUCGCCGAGAGGAUGGAGGACAGAGGACAAGACCUCGCUCUCUUUCUUCUGUCAACUCCUCUGAGGAUGGGCCAUCCCAUCCCAGGCUGGGCAUCUGCAACAGCCUGAUCACUCUCUCCAGAGUGACCGUCUCUGGAUACGCUAUCCCAGGGGUGGGCAACCUUUUGGUGAGUGCGUGCCAAACCCAGCAAAAUCUUUGACUCAAAAUUCUUCUGCGUGCCAACCCUAAUUUUUUGAGAACACGU